AGGGUGAGGCCAGCGCGGCCGGACUGGGCCGGGCUCGCUGCUGCGGGAUGGCGGCCGCGCCGUGCUGCUGCCGCCGCCGCCGCCGGGCCCCGCUGCUCCCGCUGCCGCUGCUGUUGCUGCUGCCGGGCCUGGCCGGCGCUGCGCAGCUCUCCAAGUGGCGGCUCGCGGUGCCGCUGGAGAAGAAAUUUUUUAACUUUGGGAAGAUUCUCUUCAGCAACACCACAGUUGUCCUGAAUUUUGAAGGAGAUGAGAAGGCUUGCAAUCCUUCCCAAAGUUACAAUGUUACCUGGUACUUAAGAUACUGUGAUUGCUACAAUGAAAUCUUCAGCUUUGGGGAUGAACAAGUGGAAUAUUAUUUUGGGGCCACUUCUGAGGAGCGUUCUGGUUGGUCAGGGUCCUAUGCCAUGGCUUCACUCUUCUUCCCCAACUGUUCUGAGCUCUUCAAACCACAGAUGUUCUACAAAGAAUAUGUUCAUCCAGAACCCCUCUCAGGUAACAAACAGGAGAGUUUAAAAGAUAAAAAGGAGAACAGUGCAAACCAUACGACUAUGGCAGAAAAAACUGCAAGGAAUGCUGUGAUCAAAACGUGGCGAGAUGGGCCAUAUAUCUUUAUUGUGCAAAUUGGGAUUAUGGCCUCAAAGGAGUCUAGUACAAAAGUUAAGAGGAUGGAGAAAAGUACACCCUCAUCUAAUCCUGAAGAGAAACUCUUUACAAUGACAGUGGAGCUGCAAGGUCCAUAUGAAUACCUCUCUCUUGCAGACUAUCCUCUCAUGAUCUUUUUCAUGGUGAUGUGUAUUGUGUAUGUGUUCUUUGGAGUUCUCUGGCUUGCAUGGUCAGCCUGUUACUGGCGGGACCUCCUCAGGAUCCAGUUCUGGAUUGGUGCCGUCAUCUUCCUGGGAAUGCUGGAGAAAGCAGUUUUCUAUGCAGAAUUUCAGAAUAUCCGUUACAAGGGAGAAUCUGUCCAAGGAGCACUGAUACUUGCAGAACUGCUUUCUGCUGUGAAACGUUCACUGGCUCGGACUCUGGUCAUCAUAGUGAGCCUGGGAUAUGGGAUAGUCAAGCCUCGUCUUGGAGUCACUCUUCACAAAGUGGUUAUGGCUGGAGCUCUCUAUCUAUUAUUUUCUGGCAUGGAAGGUGUCUUGAGAGUUACAGGGUUUUUCUAUGGUACUACAGCUCCAAUAGCAAAUGUGGCGCUCUCUGUAAUUGAUGCCUGUAUAAUGUUGUGGAUAUUCAUCAGCCUCACUCAAACAAUGAAGCUGCUGAAACUACGGAGGAAUGUUGUGAAACUUUCUCUUUAUCGGCACUUCACCAACACUCUUAUCUUGGCAGUAACAGCUUCCAUUGUAUUUAUCAUCUGGACCACCAUGAAGUUCAGGCUAGUGGAUUGUCAGUCGGACUGGCGGGAGCUGUGGGUGGAUGAUGCCAUCUGGCGGUUAUUAUUCUCAAUGAUACUUUUUGUCAUCAUGAUUCUGUGGAGGCCAUCUGCCAACAACCAAAGGUUUGCUUUCUCACCAUUGUCUGAGGAAGAUGAUGAUGAUGAACAGAAAGAGCCAAUGCUAAAGGAAAGCUUUGAAGGGAUGAAAAUGAGAAGUACAAAACAAGAGCCAAAUGGGAAUGUGAAAGCAAACAAAGCUCAAGAAGAUGAUCUGAAGUGGGUAGAAGAAAAUGUUCCUUCUUCAGUGACUGAUGUUGCUCUUCCAGCUCUUCUGGAUUCAGAUGAGGAAAGAAUGAUUACACACUUUGAAAGGUCCAAAAUGGAGUGAGGAAGCACCCGCUUCUUGCUGUCAGGAGAGGGGGAGCUUCUGUUUCCGUUAGGCUGCCCAGUGAAUCAGGGGCAUCCUGCUGAUCUGUUUCUUGAUCUUAACCUUUGGAGUUAGUUGCUGUACUGCAGUGAAGGGUGUCUUGUACAGCUUGCUGUGGAAGAGGUGCACAAGGACAUUGUUAAACCUUUGGAAACUUUGAAAUUAAAAUGUUGAUGCAAGUUUGGAUUUUUAAGCAAUUUAAAUGUGUAUUAUUCCAGCACCUUCUGUAACUUUUCAGAUAUUUAAUCUGUCACUCAAAUUCCUAACACCUGCCUGAGGGACUGUGAAUUCAAUGUUGCAAUUAACUUUCACAGGUCAACUGCCUGUGCCUAUUUCGGGGGGGGGGGGGAGGGUAAAAGACAAAGAAGAUUUAUUGAAGAAACAGUCUUCCUGUUUUCUGGCAAGUGAAUGGGUGAUUGUUGGAGACCACAUACUGGCUGACUUGCAGGGAGAAGUUUUAGAGAAAGAAGCUCCUGUUGUUGAAGGAAGUCCAGUAAGAUACCAAAAAGGGAAUAUUUGGAAAAGUUACAGUGAUAUUGAUGAUGGAGUUAAAAACAAACAACAAAACAAGUGCAAUUUUAUUCACAACACUGUGUAGGAAAGAUUUUCUAUUUUAAAUGUCAUUUACCUAGAAGCAACAGUUGCAUAACUUUAGCAUUUGUGGUUGUGGCACAUCUCAUUGCCGGCAAUGUGGUGAAUGCCUGAAAAAUUGAUUACCCUUCCCUUCAGUGUUGCGUGGCCUAAUAAAAACUUCCUGCAGCACUUUACAAA